AUGAUCAAUUUCCUCUCCAAACUAAAGGCAGUUAAAACUCAACUGAAGUGCUGGAACCGAGAGGAGUUCGGCAACAUUUUUACGGUAGUCAAAGAAGCAGAUCAGAGACUGUCAUUCCUGGAGGAGAAACUUCAGCAAUAUGAGGAACCGGUUUUGGAGUCUGACCCCCUCCACUGUCAAAUCCAUGAUGCGAGAACCUCCUUAUCCCGUUUAGAACGGAUGGAGGAAACUUUCUGGAAACAGAAAGCCUGGAAUAAUUGGCUUGAGGAGGGCAAUAGGAACACUGGUUUCUUCCAUGUGUUAGCAAUUGAAAGGGUGAGGAGAGCCGUUAUCACUGCAAUCCAACUACACUCUGGGCGGAUUGUGGAGUCGCAAGAAGAUAUCAAAAUUGAGGUAGCUAGAUACUUCCACCGCCUAUUUUCUGCUGGAGAGGUGGAUCAAGGGGAAGAUCUCCUCUCCUCCAUUCCCUCUUUGGUGUCAGCAGAGGAUAACACCAACUUGUUGGCCAAGCCUACGAUUCAAGAAGUACAUCACGCAGUUCUUUCGAUCCCUAGAGAUGGGGCUGCGGGUCCGGAUGGUUUUUUCGCCGCUUUCUUCGUCGGGUGCUGGGACAUUGUGGGGCAGGAUCUCCUCAAUGCAACCAUUUUUUUGGUUAUAGCAUGCAGAUUGCGUAAAUUGCUUCCCUCGCUAAUCUCUCAAGAGCAAGGUGCUUUCGUGCAGGGGCGCGCCAUCUCAGAAAGCAUAGCCCUCUCCCAGGAGCUUCUUAGAGAACUGAAUCGAAAAGUCAAAGGUGGGAAUAUCGCGAUUAAAUUGGACAUGGAAAAAGCUUAUGACAGAGUUGAUUGA